AUUGAUCAGAACCGCGUGUCUGAUGUUUACAUGAAAAUUCGUACGUCUCACAAUGUCGACAGUAACAUCCAUACUUAUCAUUCAGUUAAUACUCGCGUUGAGUUUUUCAAUAGUUUCAACGCAACAAAGUGUAAAUAAUAGGCCUAUAAUAGGUGUCCUCGCACAAGAAGUAAGUGAAUAUGUUAAUAGAAAGUAUCCCGGGCAUCGUAGUUAUAUAGCUGCAUCGUAUGUAAAAUUUAUCGAAGGAGCGGGUGCAAGAGUUGUACCCAUUUGGAUUGGCAAAGAUAAAUCGUAUUACGAAGAUAUUAUGAGUAAAAUAAAUGGAGUCCUAUGGCCUGGUGGAGGCGCAUCCUUCAAUAAUACGAACGGAUACGCUGAUGCGGCAUACAACAUUUAUAAAAUUGCAAAACGAAAGAACAACGAGGGUGUUCACUUUCCAAUUUUCGCGAUAUGUUUAGGAUUCGAAGUGUUAACUUAUGUCACUGCAAAUCGUCGGAAUACUAGACGUAGUUGUAAUGCUGAAGAAAUAGCGAUGAAACUUGAAUUUGAGCGAGAUUAUGAAUCUAGUAAAUUGUUCAGAAACGCUCCGGCUCAUAUUAAAGACAUAUUGGCCACUAAAAAUGUAACCUUAAAUACGCACAAAUAUUGCGUUACGAAACAGGAUUUAAAAGAUGCUGGUAUAAAAGAUAAAUUCGGAGUGUUGUCUUUGAAUCAUGACAAGAACAGUAGAGUAAAGUUCAUUUCUUCCUUGGAAUCCGUUGAGUAUCCUUUUUACGGCUUACAAUUUCACCCAGAAAAGAAUCUGUACGAGUGGGUCAUUGGAAAAAGUAUUCCUCACUCGGAAAACGCUAUUCAAAUUUCGCAAUAUUUUGCCAAUUUUUUCAUUAACGAAGCACGUAAAAAUUUGCAAAAAUACCCACACGUGUCGGAAAAAUUAAUUUACAACUACCAACCGGUUUACACAGGCUUGGACGGUCUAGCCUAUGAACAGACUUAUUUCUUUGAUAAAAGUAUAUAAUAUUCUCGUAAAAUUCUAUACGCACUAAACAAGGCAAACGCGUACGUCGCACUCCCGCAUUAUGAUUUGAUAAGCAUAGCUUCUUGGAAGGUCAUCCGAGGCUCGGCAUACCACAUAUGGCUGAUUGGAUCCAUUUGCCAGCUGUGAUACUAGGUCGAUGGAAACGUGCCACUUGAGAAAAUCUCGAUGACUUCGAACUUUCUUUAUAUACAUACAUAUAGAAUAAGCUUACUUUAACACGGUGUAUCAUUUUACAAAUAUUGCAGGAAAAAAUAAAUAAAUAUUAUAUAAGCAUA